CGGCGAUCGAGGAGAAAUCUGUYUGUGCUUCUGUUAUCGCUCUGGGACGAGUUGUUCAACGCUCGGUAUUGCUCGGUUGAAUAAUCCGGCCCGGUGCAAGAAAAAAGGUCGUUGAUGAUAUUGACUUCUCCCUUGGACACAAAAUAUCUCUGUAGACCAAAACGUGAGAUGGAAAAAUCCAAGAGUGGAAAUCCWCGGGAAAACGCGAAUUUUCUCUCUCUUCUCUUCAUGUCAUGGAUGUACAAGAUCUUGUUGCUGGGAAGAAAAAGAGAUUUGACAGGCGAUGAUCUUUACUCUUUAAUGGACAAGGACAAAGCAAGAAACAUAAUUGAUCGCAUGGARAGUUGUUGGAGUGAUGAGAUUACAAGAUCGUCGAGGAAACACACCAAACCAAARCUAUGGAGAGCACUGCUUCAUUUCGUGUCCUUCAAAACCAUAUUUGUUAUGACCACAGCUAAAGUUUUUCAUUCUUGUUGCAAUUUUUCCUUUGCCGUUAUUGUUUGGUAUUUCCUAAAGCUUAUUAGUGAAUCCGAUGUUGAUUUUGUUAGUGCUGUUCCAUAUGUUGCUGGUUUAUCGAUAAUAAGCUUUGUUAAGGUGAUUCCAUUCCACCACAUGGCCUUCCAUGGCAAUGUAAUAGCUUUACGUUCAAAGGUUGCUUUUAUUGGUCUCGUCUACAAAAAGAUUUUGUCUGCUCGACGAUGUCGACUUGCCAAUUUUACGACAGGACAUAUAAUAAAUUUGGUCGCCAACGAUACAACUGCGAUAGAAAGGUGUCUCUACGAAAAUUUCAGUACCUCCACAGCUGCGCCUCUCGAAAUCGUCGCGAGCGUGACACUGCUUUGGUGGUUAUUUGGAUGGCAGGGAUUAGUAGGAGCGGUCUAUUUCGUAUUUGUAUGCAUACUGAAUUUUUCGAUGUCCAAGAAAUUCGGAUCACUUCACGCAAAGGCGGCAGCUGUGACAGAUCAACGACUGGCAAUUUUAAACAACAUCAUAUGCGGCAUUCGGGCGGUUAAGAUGUACGCUUGGGAAUGGAAUUUCCGAGAUCUUGUCGAGAGUAUGAGAAGAAAAGAGAUUAGUAUUUUUCGGGAAAGGAAUCUGAUCUACACUGUGUUCGCCGCGAGCUUUCCCACAGCUACACCAAUUGCUCUUCUUAUCACAAUUGCUACACUUAUGUAUACUGGGGUACCCUUAACGACAUUCAGUGUUUUUACUCUGUUGGUUUUAUUGUCGCUUGUAAGAACCACCGUUUGUGUUAAUACGACCAUUCCAGUCUUGCAUUUCAAGGACGCUAUCGCUUCAUUGAGGAGAAUUCAGGGCAUAAUAACAAUUUUGGCUGAAUCUGACACUAUCGUACAGAGUAUGCAAGGAAAUAAUAGCUUCGAUGAUAUGGGGGAAAUUCAAUUUAAAACAAAAGGAAAAGAUCACUCUCGAGGCGCAUUUGGUAAUCCUUCUGGAAAUAGUGUAGUUUUGCUUCACUCAACAAGGUUAGCAAAAGAAGAAUCCCCCUCUACUGAAACUCUAUCAAUGGAAAAUGCAUCUGCAGUUUGGGAUACGCAACGUGCUAAUUGCAGCCUUCAAGACAUUUCUUUGGAAAUAAUGCCAGAGCAGCUCACAAUAGUCACUGGUCCUGUUGGAAGCGGCAAAACGUCUCUAUUGCUAGCUUUUCUCGGAGAACUCUUUCUUAAGAGCGGUGUUGUUCGAGGACAAGGAACCAUUGCAUACGCAAGCCAAAUUCCUUGGAUCUUUUCUGGGACAGUUCGUGAAAACAUUCUCUUUGGAAGGUGUUUUGAUGCUGAAAAGUAUCAACAAGUUCUUCAAGUCUGCGAACUUGAGACAGACAUGAAACACUUCGAAAAMGGUGACUUGAGCUUUAUUGGUCAUAGAGGAGUUUGCUUAAGCGGUGGUCAGAGAGCGCGAGUUAGUCUAGCCCGUGCUUUGUAUUCUGAGGCAGAUGUAUAUUUGUUAGAUGAUCCGUUGAGUGCUGUAGACGCCAAAGUAGGAAGUCAUCUGUUUGAAAAGUGUAUACGUGGAGCUCUUUGCAAAAAGAAGAUAAUACUAGUUACCCACCAGAUUCAGUACUUGGAUAAAGCUGAUCAAAUAGUGAUCAUGGAAGAUGGUCGGAUAGAAUUCAAAGGCAGCUACGAUGAACUUCGGCAAGCUAAUCUUCAAAUCUGCGACACGCAAAUCUAUAAUAAGAAACCCAUGGAAAAGGAUGAACGCCAUUUGACCAGUGGAUCAACAAAGGUCAGUGACGAGAGUCUACAACUGGAAUUAGAGGAUGACGGAGAAGAAUGUGCAGCUGGUUCUAUCAACUUGAAAGUUUACUGGUCAUUCUUCAGAUCGGGUUUGCCUGUCUUUGGAGUUGUACUUCUUUGCUGUACUUUUCUGAUCGGUGAAGUUUUCCAGAUAGCUCCGAGUUGGUGGCUUUCACAAAUGGUGAACAUGAGUUAUGAAGACCAAAAGAGUGCAUUUAGCUUUGGUGUACUCUCCAGCACGGUUGCCAUGACAUUACUGUUCACAGUUGUGUCAUUUUUAUUCCUUCUUCUUGCUGCUCUUCGAUCGUCAGCGAAUCUUCAUGACCGGAUGGUUGUAGCUAUCCUCAAAUCACCAGUCUUAUUCAUGGAUACGAAUCCUGUUGGAAGAAUAAUGAAUAGAUUUUCCAAGGACACACGAUGUAUAGAACAGUUUAUGCCUAGAACAAUGUUGAUUGCAAUUGUGUCUGCGUUACAAUUUGUUGGUGGCAUGAUACUGACUGCAUUAGUCGAAUACUGGUUUGUGAUUGCAGUUGUUCCCAUUUUUAUUCUAUUUUCCUUUAUUUGCUGGUUCACCUUAAAGAGCAGUCGGGAGCUUAAACGUUUGGAAUCUAUUCGAUGUAGUCCCAUUUAUGCCCACAUUGCUGAUUCAAUCAAAGGUCUGGAGGCAAUUCAUGCAGCCAAAAUGGAAAAGGAAUUUGUUAGUCAGCUUUGCGGAUACCUGAACGACCACACACAAGCUUUUUAUCUCGACAAAGCGUGCAAAGCAUUCCUCGCCCUUCACAUUGAUAUGAUUUCUGCUUUGUUUCUUACCUGCGUAGCUGUUGGAUCACUUCUAGUUACACAAGAUCCUGGUAUUACAGGACUUCUGGUAGCUUAUUCUUUUGAACUGGUGGACCUUACUGGAUACGGUGUGGCGAAAUACGCCGACACUGAAAAUUUUAUGACAUCUGCAGAGCGAGUCAUUAGAUACACUCAAYUACCUUCUGAACCAGCUUACGACAGACAAUCCAAACCUCCAGACAACUGGCCUGACAAAGGUGCCAUCACAAUCCAAAACUUGUCGUUAUCUUACACGCACGGUGGAAAACCCGUACUUAAAAAUAUCAGCUUGAAAUUGCUGCCAAAACAGAAGACUGGAAUUGUUGGAAGGACUGGCGCUGGAAAAUCUUCUCUCGUUGCAGCAUUGUUUCGAAUGCCAGAUCCACAGGGAAAGGUGUUGAUUGAUGGAGUUGAUUUGGGUGAGAUAGAUAUUCAGGCGGCACGCCGAUCAAUGGCUGUUAUCACCCAAGAUCCCGUCCUCUUUGCAUCAACCUUGAGGAAGAAUCUGGAUCCUUUCGAACAGUUUCCCGACGAACAGAUCUGGGCCGCCUUGGAAGAAGUCCAGCUAAAGAACACCAUAAAAAAUAUCAAAGGUGGACUGAGUUUCACUAUCGGAGAAAGCGGGUCUAGCUUGAGCGUCGGAGAAAGACAGCUUGUAUGCCUUGCAAGAGCCUUGCUGCUGAGAAACAAAGUACUGAUAAUGGACGAAGCAACGGCCAACGUAGAUUUCAAGACGGAUCAACUUAUUCAAGAGGCUAUUCGAGGCAAGUUCCAAGACUGCACAGUGAUUACAAUCGCACAUCGAUUGAAUACGAUCAUGGACUAUGACAAAGUGUUGGUGAUGGAGGAAGGUUGUGUGGUAGAAUACGACUCUCCACAAGUUUUAGCCAAUAAAGUUGACAGUGUGUUUUCGGAACUGUUGAGAAACCAAUCAGCAGAGUAGACUCGACAAAACUCUUUUAGAAAAAUACUAUAGAGUAGAGAAGAUGAAACCUUCAAUAGCAAAACGACAAAUGCUAAUACUAGUUACAGAUAUUUCAAAAAUAUCGUUAAGUACUGAAUCCUGCUGUGAUAUAUUGCAAAGUGCAUACAAAACGCAUUUUUGACCAAUAAACCUCGUUCUGCCUGUGACAAAAAUGAUUAUUUUUAACUAAAUAAAUUUUAUAUUGUUUUUAGUCUGUUGUUUGUAUUUCUGUCUUAAUAGUCUGACUUUGAUAUCCAUUUACAUUCACAAGGCUCGACCAGACUCUGUUUAGAAUCCAAGAUAUUUGUUUUACUUUAUCCAGAUUUAUAAGCAGUUUUGAUAUUUUCUUCUCUUUCAUCUAUUCAAUAAUCAUCUCCCAUUAUUUGUUUUGAGAAUUGAAUAAGAAUCAACGCCCUGACAGCAAA